AGCGAGCGGAUCUAUUGUGUGAAAAUCAACUUCGAAUUUACUCUUUAUGCGCAUUUAAGAUUCUCAUCAGCAUCGAGAUGCACGCUUCAGUCUUUGUGUGCGCUGUCUUUCUGCUAAUCUCGCAAGGCAGCGCCUAUGAAGUGCCCGAGGCCAAGAUUGAGGUGUUCUACCCCAAGGGAUUCGAGGUAUCCAUACCACACGAGGAGGGCAUCACACUAUUCGCCUUCCAUGGCAAGCUCAACGAGGAGAUGGAAGGCCUCGAGGCAGGCACCUGGGCGCGUGAUAUUGUCAAGAUGAAAAACGGACGUUGGACUUUCCGAGAUCGUAACACACAAUUGAAACCAGGCGACAUACUUUACUACUGGACAUACGUUAUCUACAAUGGCCUAGGUUAUCGCUGGGACGACGGUGCCUAUGCAGUCAAUGCAUACAGCGGCAGCACUCCCAGUCCGCUGCCACAGCCCGGUCCCCGUCCCCCCAACCCAGUGGGGCCAACGACGCCAUCAUCGUAUGUCCCAGAUAUAGAUAUUCGUAUUGGGAACUGUGUGCCGGCCAAGACACAAGUCAAUGGAAUUCCUGCGCGUUGUGCCAACCAACUGAUCUUCGAGGAUGACUUCAGGGGCAAACUGAACUCAGCCAAGUGGCAAUUGGAGCAUCGUUUCAGCGGUGAACCAGACUACGAGUUCAACAUCUAUCUGAACGACUCGCGCACCAUCAGCGUCAAAGAUGAUCAAGUCCAACUACGCACCAGACGCACCCAGCAAUUGUUUCAGCAAAAAUUGAGCUCAAAAAUAGAUCUGGGCAGUGAAUGCACCGGCAAGCGAGACACGGAGGAGUGCUUACGCGAUGCAAGAGACAGAAAAAUACCCGGCCUGCUGCCGCCAGUGGUCACUGCUCAGUUCUCCAGCAAGCACAGUUUCGCCUUCAGGUAUGGUCGUGUUGAGGUGCGCGCCAAGAUGCCGAGUGCCAAGUACGUGGUGCCCCAGAUGUGGCUACAGCCGAAAGCGCAUGUGUAUGGCGUGGACGACUAUAAGUCGGGACAGCUGCGCAUCGCUUAUACCCGACAGGGAAAUAGCGUUCAUCCGGAUUUGUAUGCGGGCGCUGUGCUGAAUGCCUACGAGCCGCUCCGCUCGAAUCGUUUGUGCCACAAGCUGGGCAGCAACGAUAGCAGUAGCCAGGAUUGGAGCAACAGUUUCCACAACUACACGAUGGAGUGGACACCGCGUCAGAUUCGUUGGCUGGUGGAUGACGAGGAGAUUUGCAAGCAGGGCAGCGAUACAGGAGCGUUUAGUGAGACGUCGGUGACAGGUAAAAGAUUGCCAAAUGCCGAUGAACUGGAGAAGGGCACGGGCAUCGCACCCUUCGAUCAGGAGUUCUAUUUGACUUUUGGCUUGAGCGUGGCAGGAUUCAACGAGUUCUUCUACGAGACGAAGCCGUGGCAUGAACAGGAACCACGGGCCAUGGUUGAUUUCUGGAAAUCGAUAAGCGAGAAGGAUCAGUGGCAGGACGAUGGUCAUUUUGACAUCGAUUAUGUCAAAGUGUUUGCAUUGUAAACGAAACGAAAUACUCAAAAAAAAUGUGUUUCUAAUUUGUAACUCACAAUGGAUAAAUAAAGUUAAUUUUUUUUGUAUUUG